GUCGACAUAAAUGCAUAUAUUUGUAAGGAAACAAUAAACAAUCAAAUUAAAAAUGAUUCAUAAUAGAGUACAUAUAUACACAAAAAAGAGUUAAUAACAAUCCAGUGAAAAAAUCACAGUUGUAGAGUUUUUAUAGCUGCACCGUAGUCAUCAUAAAGUCCACCAAACACUCUAACCGCAACAUCUGUGUCAGUUUGCCUCCGUUGUUAGUGGUGUUGGACCAGUCUUUGCAGUUUUCGUCACCACCAGUUCCGUUCGCAGAAACUGGAUGUGAACUUUUCAAGCAGAGAUUGAGAUUAUAUUCCUUCGACUGCCUUCGGCCGUAUUGAGAAAUAUCUGAGGAUGUAUACAUAUCGAGUAAAUUAAUCUUACCUUUGGUGAACAAUUCCUAAUCUUAGCCACAGUAAAUAUGUGAACAAGGCAAAGAACAACCACAGAGUUGGUGAAAUUCUACAGAUUAGUCGUCCAUAUAUUCCACGAUAGAUUUCAGGAAUCAUGUAACUUCCAAAUCACCUGUCACACUUUUUCUUCUAUGAAAAGCAAAUACUAUACAAGUGACUCUCAAAUCAAAGGAUAACAGAAGACCCGUUGACGUCGUCUUCAUAGACUUCAGUAAAGCCUUUGAUAAAGUACCUCACAAAAGACUACUCAUGAAAUUGGAAAGUCUUGGUAUCAAAGGCAGACUACUAGACUGGCUCAGGGAAUUCCUCAUAGAUAGGAGGCAGAGGGUUAGGAUCAACUCAAAACUCUCCUCCUGGGCAGCAGUAAGUAGCGGAGUGCCACAAGGCAUGGUUCUCGGUCCUCUCCUUUUUAUUCUGUAUAUCAAUGAGUUACCUCUGCUCACCGACUCCACUAUGGUCCUAUACGCAGAUGACUUCAAAAUUUGGAGGGAGCUGAAGGGCAACAGUGAUACGUCCACCUUGCAAGACGACCUCAACAAACUGUCGGAGUGGUCUGUUGAAUGGAUGCUCCCGAUCAACGUGGCAAAAUGUGCAACCAUGCGCAUUGGACAAGCAAGCACGAGCUCCUACGAACUAGAGGGAAUAACACUUCCAUCAGUUCAGACUCAGUUGGACUUAGGUGUCAUAGUUAGCCACGACUUAAAAACUACAGCACACUGUCGCGCGGUGGCUGCACGUAGUUUCAGGUCCUUAUGGGCGAUUCGCAGAGCCUUUACAAGAAUUACCAGAGAUAUGUUCACCUCCUUAUACACAUCUCUGGUUAGGUCAAGACUGGAAAACUGCAUCCAGGCCGCCAGUCCGUGUCUAAAAGGGGAUUCACACAUUCUAGAAAGUGUUCAAAGGAAGGCAACAUGUAUGGUUCACGGCAUAGCUAACUUAUCAUAUGAGGAAAGACUAGAUAGUUUAAAUCUCUUCUCACUGUCAUACCGUAGGCAGAGAGGAGAUUUAAUCACAAUGUUUAAAAUUUUAAAUAAUGACUACGGACCUGACCUAUUCUCUCUUUUCCUUCCCACCAGGUCGGAACACCCUAGAGGACAUAGCAGGAGAGUUCAAAAGCCAAGGAGAAAUCAUAUUUCUGUUGAGUACUGGUUCUCACAUCGAGUCAUAAACUCUUGGAACCGACUCCCAGAAGAAGUGGUGUCUGCAACCUCAAUUGAUUCGUUCAAGAAGGGUUUGGACAACCGCAGAAAUCUACUAGAAAAGGAUUAACAUAGGCUGCAAGCCUUCUAUCCUCAACCAAUAAAUCUGAAUCUGAAUCUGAUCCGUUACAAUUAACUGAAAGACAUAAAAUCCCCAAACUUUAUAUUUCUUUGAUUAAGUUACCCAGUAGUAUUCUCCUUGUUACUGGAUCUUAUGCUUCUCACAUCUGUGAAAUUUAUAAGCAUGUUAACUUGUUCCCUUAAGCUAAAAAAUAUAAUGUUUAUCCGAUUUUAUUAUUGCUAUUUCAAAGCCCGCCUCAGUAACGUAAGGCACGUAUUAGCCGCAACGUUUACGCAAAGGAAAAUCUACCAAUCACAGUGUGCGUAAAUGACCUCAAGUGCUCAGCCUCUCCAUAAGCCAUUUGUGCCGCUAUCCUCUAUCACCGCGAUGGGUCAUCCACAAAAAUUGAGAAUAGAGCAUCACUGUGGCUGGCAGCGUGCACUGAAACGUACGCAAAUGGCAAAGUUCAACAAUAGCGUCC